UUUUUUUUUUGUGCUCUUACUCUCAGAGUCCGUCAGCUGAUCGACGAUUCAACUACAGUCGCACACGGGAGCGACUCAGUGCGAUACGCGUGACCAUACCGUACAGAACGAACGCCUUCACAGUCUAAAAUUAUCGUUCACCACAAGCGGCCAUGCAUCGGCUAACAGUCGAAUCCGAUCCCAAUGGCGAAAAGGACAAACGAGCAAGUUCAGCAGAAGUGAUGCAUAGUCACGAGAAUAGCAGAAAUCUGAAGCACAUCAUCCAACGAUGGACCAGUUCCGAUCGGUUGAGUUACUCCAUCGAGUUGAUCCCGAGGGAAGACCUGGUGUUGGAUUUUGGACGGCUGAAUCCGAAACCACAGUUCUGUUCGUUGCCAUGGAUAUCAGAUAACAACCUACAGUAUCAGCGAUUUGUCGAUACCCCGAUGCUGAAAAUGACCGCGAAAAUAGUGCCCCACUGUUCGGUGAUGAACCAUAUUUCCUGUUACAAUAUUACCGAGGCACAGGUGGAUAAGUUCGUCGAGAUGGGUAAUUGGAACCUGUUCGUGAUUCGGGGGGACACUGUCAGUGAAGGACAACGCUUCAAGCAUUCGUCGGAUCUGGUGGAGUAUCUGAGAGGAAAGAAUAAUCCCGAGUUGACCAUCGCUGUCGGAGGUUAUCCGUAUGUGCACCAAGAAUCGCCUUCGAUGGAUCAUGACGUCAAGUAUUUGAAGCAGAAGAUCGAUCUAGGUGUUGAGUUCAUUCUAACGCAAACGCUCUACGAUGCAGCCUCCUUUUUGCGCUACGUAGACGAAUGUCGCCGUGUCGGCAUCACAGUUCCGAUUGUGCCUGGUAUAUUCCUUCCCUACUCGUAUCAGCAGCUGGAGACGGUACUAGGAAUAACACACGUGCGCCCACCACCCGAAGUAAUGGAUCUCUUACAAGCGCACGCAAACGACGAACCGGAACAGUUCGAAUCAUUCGUUGUGGAACAUUUCGCAGGUGUCGUCCGGACGCUCCGGGAAGCACGGCCAGAAGAAGUGAAGCUGGUGCACUUUUUCACCUUCAACCGAUUGGAUUUGCUCAAAAAAGUUUUAGCUAAAAUUAUGGAUUUGUUUUAAGGCGAUACUACGAAUAAAAAGGCGAGAUGAUCUCAAGGAAAAAAUCCCCUCAUUCUGUGCGGCGGAAUGAUGCGAAUCAAUGCGAACUGUAGUGGUCGUGGUGCAGAUUUGAAGUCGUUUCAUUUUUCGACUUGGGUAUAGAAUAGGAGCUGAAAAGUAAGGUGACUUCCGGAAUAGAGGAAUGACUACUGUUAUCUCGCGUCACUCGCGGUGCAGUAUAAGGGGGGAAAUGUUGUAACACUAUGUAUGAGAAACCAUCGACAAUAAAAUAAAUCAAAAUAACCAUGGAAUAUUCGGCAGUUUUAGAUGCAUGGAAAGUACGUUGACCUCAUUUUGACAUAUUGUUUCAAAAUUUAUUCAGAGAAAUAUUUCAGUAUCACAACUGCCAAAAAACAAUGCAUUGAACAGAACGAUUGAUGCUGAUAGCUCAAUGGGAGUCAAAAUUUAUCUUUAAUUUUUUUGUUAAAACAUAACAUGGGAACCAACAUUUUCGUGUGUGUGGCUAGCUUCUAAACAACAUUUUUUCUCUUUAAUAAGUAAAUUUUUCUCACUUCCUCAAAACAGACCAUCCGAUAAUUUUGUUUGUUGAAAAUUAAUGAGUACGGAAAAUAAAUAAUAUUUUAGGAACAAACGGAAUACUUCAAUAAUCAAACGUAUUCCACAAUUUAGAUUUUUUUAGGUAGAGCCAAAAAAAAGUACAUCCAGCUAGAACAAGCAAACAACAAUUCCGUUGUCACAUUGCAGUCUCUUAUUAUGCCGGCUGUGGCCGAUAAAAUAAGCAACGACCGACAUGGACAUGAAACGGAUUGUGCAUUUUAGUACGUAAUUAAGUUGCUGAUGAUGAUAACAAAAACAGAUUUGCUCUUCGCCUAUUUUUUUUUCUCUGGAUAAAAUCGGGACCUUAGCCUGCAUAUGGUAUGCGCAAAGAUAUCCAUUGUUUUUGCUUUUUUCUUUUUCUUCUUAAUCAAUUACCAUAUGCCUAAUUGGGUUACGUACAUGAAUUUUAGCGUGUAUUUUUUUUCCAAAGAAAUGUGUUUCUGCCUGUGUUGUUUUUCGCUGUUGCAAUGUUGUUCGUUUCAUUGAGAUUACCAAUAACUAGUUUUGAUGCAGUUUUCUUUUUCGUUUUCUUCUACUUUGCGGCUUUGAAUAUCCAGGAAAAAAUGUAUUUUUCGUUCGCUAGUUGCGGCACUGUGUUUGCGAAUUAACCGUUUUGGAUUUUUGGGGAGACAAAAAAGGGGAAUUUAAUCUUGUAUCAGCUAUUGCUAUUGUGUUGAUUUGAAAACAGGGCAAAACAUGAGAGAGUAUGUGAGUUUGUGUUUGUAUGUGUGAACGAUUAAAUAUGGUAGGUGCUAACUGUUUGUAUAAAUGUGUGUGUAGUUGGACAAUAGGGACAGGGAAGUACUGAAAAAAUACAUUAUUUCUUAUAGAUAUAUACUAGUAGAAACACACUUAAGUUUACUUGUGAUUAAUUAUACGAAGAAAAGGCGUUUGGCCAGACUGUGUGCGAUAGAUCUGACAGCAAAUUUUAUACCUCAACCACGAAGGAGGUUGGGUAUGGUUUUGGGCACACCACCGGACAUACGCCUGAUACUUACGAAUAAUACAGUAAAAUCUCCACAGCUGUUAGCUCUUUUAAUUCAGGAAAUGUUGUGUCUGUUUGAGGUAGAUUAUACAAUAUGCAUCAGUGGUUGGCUAGUGGCUAGGUAAAUUUAGUUUAUCUUAGUACUCAUAUUUCAAGGAACGCAGUUGCUACCAAAUGUAAACGUAAUUUUCGAACUUUGAGUAUUUGGUUAGUGAUCCCCGUGGCCUAGUGGUAAGCGUUGCGCUUGGCAAGAUGGAAAAAGAUGGAGAAAUUCUAUCGUCAUAGAUCGUUUUUCUGGCUUGCACUGGUUCAAGGGAACUGUCUAGGGUGUGGUGAGAUGAGUAUUGGGCAUUGCCAGUUCCCAAUAAAAGCCACAAAAGGCCGGAAACAGCUCCUCUAAGCGAAUUGACGCCACAAUAAGCAUUUUUGCCCAGUCCCGGUGGUACUCGGGACGUUAAGCAGUGAUGGGCAAUAUGCAGAAGCGUGUGAUUGGAUGGUGGCCAAUCAACCCAAGAAUGUGCAGAUUGAGGAUCAAAGGCUGAUUCUUCAACAUCAGCAUCAUUAACGUGCACAGCCCUCACCUUACAAGUCCCGCUGAUGACAAAGACGAAUUCUACGUGCAACUGUAAGGCGAAUACGAACGCUACCCAAAACAUGACAUCAAGAUCAUCAUCGGAGAUCUCAAUGCCCAGAUCGGUGAGGAAGAGGAGUACGAACUUGUGAUUGAUAUGUACAGCGCACACCAGUUAACAAAUGAAAACGGCCUAAGACUCAUCGAUUUCGCCACCUCUAAGAAUAUGGCCGUACGCAGAACCUUCUUUCAACACAAAUUCCUCCACCAAUACACCUGGAGGUCACCAAAUCGAACAAAAUCUCAGAUCGACCAUGUUCUGAUAGACGGUCGGCAUUUCUCGGACAUAACUGACGUCAGAACCUAUCGAGGCGUUAACAUCGAUUCGGACCACUACCUAGUGAUGUUUAAGAUGCGUCCAAAACUCUCCGUUGUGCACAACAUUCGGUACCGAUGCCCGCGACGGUACAAUCUUAUGCAACUGAAACAUGCAGAUCUCGUCGAAAACUACACACGUUCGCUUGAAGCUGCGCUGCCGGAAGAGUACAAAUUAACUAAGCUCCUCUUGAGGACUGUUGGAGCAUGAUAAAAACAGCCAUAAACAGCGUAGCGGAGAACACCCCAGGACACGUGGAACGAAGACUACAGUACUACACGAGAAGAACGCUACGCGGGAGCUAAUGCUGCGUCAAGCUACCCGUCAGAACGUGGAACGAUAUAGACAGGAGCAGAAACAGCAAACCCAAUCCCGCAGGG